AACACCUAGAAUACCAACGGAUGACUCAUUAGCGACACCUUUUGUUGCAUCACCUGUUAUUGGAAUGAAAGAGUUGUCACAGUGUUUUGUUUUGUUUUCGCGGAAAACAAGCAUGUAUGUUUGCAGGCGAUGGUAUAGCUUGCUGUCGGAGAUGAACAAAGUCACGAGCCAAUAAAUGGUUAUAAAUUGAAGUAAUUCAGUUGUAAAAGAUAACAAAACAAAUACCCAUCUGACUUUUCUCGUUUUCUGCAACAUAAAUUGUUGCUUAGCAACAAGCUGAAACAGUUUAAACAAGAAUUCCGUUGGCUGCAGACAGAAGCAGUACUGGUAUUACGGAUGCAAAUGCAGAAGUUUUAUUUCCCACGAUGCCCAAUAUACUUCGGGUAAAGUGUGCUGUUGUCGGUGAUUCGACUGUCGGUAAAACUGCUUUAAUGCAAACGUUGUUGUCAGAGGGUAGACAGUUUCCGAAAAGUUAUACAAUGACUUUAGGAGCUGAUUUGUUUGUGAAACAGAUUCCAAUCCCGGAUACGGACGAUGUGGUUGAACUAUACCUGUACGAUUCAUCAGGAUUGGAAAUCUACGAAGAUCUCCUACCAAAAUAUUGGAAUGAACCAAACAUGAUGAUGGUUCUUUAUGAUGUUACAUCGGAAUCAUCAUUCCAGGCUGCAAGUCAAUGGACAACACUGGUUCGGAGUUUCAUACCUAAAAAGUUUGCAGAUGUAGCACCUGGGAUCUUGUUUGCAAAUAAAGUUGAUCUCGUUGAAAGAAGAACUGUUAAUGAACAAAUGGGAACUGAAACAGCCGAAAAAUUUGGUCUUCAUUAUUUAGAAGGAUCUGCUAAGCAGAACCUAGGUGUGAAGGAACCAUUUUCUCUGCUGGCUCAAGAAUGGUUUGGAAUAGUUCACAGAACACCAAGAAACUUUGGUGUUUCCUAAUGGAACUUGAUUGUAUAUUUCAUAAAAUACCUUAAAAACUUUAAUGUGCUUCUUUGUUUACUUAUAAAAUAUAAAAUUUUGAUUAUAUUCUCCAACCACUUCACUAUAUUUACAAAAGCAAUUUAUCUUGUUAGUCUUCUGAUAUUUUCUACAGGUAGUAAUAUGUAAUUUGUGUGAUGAUGUUACAUGUCUGUUUGGUUACUGUGGACUUGAUGUCACAGAGUAUCUUCUAGUCAUGAAAAUUGAUGUAUUUUAUUGUAUAGCUGCUUUAGAUAUCCAUUUACAAAACUCCAGUCUUGAGCUUUGUGUAAUAACUAAAUACGCUCUGAUAUUCACAAUUUAACAAUUUUAUACUUCUGUACCAACAUUUUAUUCAU